CGCGGCCGCAGGACACCGUUUCGUCCUCAGUGGUGCGUGCAGGCGGCCACGCUGUGCGCUCACUUCUCGCAUUUUGUUUACUUAAUUAUAGCUGCUCGGUGUCACACACUCACGCUCACACACACACAGUCGCACACACGGGGAGACAGACGCACGUUUCACCUCUUUGUUUUUGGGUUUCAGAUCACAGACCGUCCGCUGAGGUCCCGCUCGCGGAUGUUGCGACACUCGCGCUGCCACAUGCUGAGUUUUGUUUCAGACGCGGUCCUCCCAGCAACUUUGUGCCGACACUGAGAAGGGGGUGGAGGACAGGUGGAGAAGAACCGAGAAGCGGACUGCACUUUUACGUGAUCGGCGACGCCUGAGCAUGCAAGGGGAGAGAGCGCGCGGCGUCCAGUCUGGAGGAGCAACAGCUGAUUUGGUGAGCGCGUGAGCUGCGAGCGCAGGGCAGGCUACUUACUGUCGGUGCGCGGCCAGGCUUCUGCUCCGACACUCGGGCUCUGACGGUGCAGCGUCUCGGUGGCACGUAGCUCGGAGACUCGGUGCGGGGACGUGACGGCACCGGGACUGAGAGUGCAGCCAGGCGCGCGCAGCUUCGAGUUUCGUGGAACUAUCACGAGUUGAAAGCCGCACAUAAACACCUUGCAUGAAGAAGUCGGGAGGCAGACCGCUUGGAUUAUACGACUCUGCGUCCCGUUUGCCUGGACUGAGAAGAGCUGACUUCACUUUAUCCCAAAAAAUGUUUACCGGGCAGCAGGCCGUGCAUUAGGGCUCUUUUGCUUCCGGUAUAAGGCCCAGCUGAGCAAGAAACCGAGCAGUUUUCUCUCUCCCACUCACUUUUUUUUUUUUUUGGAAGCCGAACUUUUCAGAGUGGAAAAUGGGUCUUUGAGAGUGUUGGCACAUAUCCUCACACCACAAUGGCAACUGAAACCUUUCUGUUGAACGAAGAACCCUCCAGAGGUCCUGGGAUGCCUGAAUGCUUUGUAGUAUCAGAUUCAUACAGGUAUUACCCUACUCACCUUCUAAACAAUGCCUUAGUGGAUGAAUUUCAUCCCUUCAUUGAGGCCCUUCUCCCCCAUGUCCGUGCCUUCUCCUACACCUGGUUCAACCUGCAGGCCCGUAAACGCAAGUACUUCAAGAAGCACGAAAAGAGGAUGACCAAGGAUGAGGAGCGCGCGGUGAAGGAUGAGCUGCUUGGGGAGAAGCCAGAGAUCAAGCAGAAGUGGGCCUCGCGCCUGCUGGCCAAGCUCCGCAAGGACAUCCGGCCGGAGUUCCGCGAGGACUUUGUGCUCACCAUCACGGGGAAGAAGCCCCCCUGCUGCGUGCUGUCCAACCCCGACCAGAAGGGCAAGAUCCGCCGCAUCGACUGCCUCCGCCAGGCCGACAAGGUGUGGAGGCUGGACCUGGUGAUGGUCAUCCUGUUUAAGGGCAGCCCCCUGGAGAGCACGGACGGCGAGCGUCUGGUCAAGUCACCCCAGUGCUCCAACCACGGCCUGUGUGUCCAGCCACACCACAUUGGGGUGACGGUCAAGGAGCUGGAUCUCUACCUGGCCUACUUCGUCCACUCACCAGAACAAUCAGGACAAUCAGACAACUCAAACCAGCAAGGAGACACAGAUGUGAAGCCCCCACCAAACGGCAACUUGAGUUUCCAGGACUGCUUUGUGACUUCGGGAGUGUGGAACGUAGCCGAGCUGGUCCGUGUGUCGCAGAGUGAGUCAGCCACUGUCACCUCUCAUUCUUAGUAUUUAGUUACUUAUAUAAGUGUUAUUAUGUUACUAUAUAACCUAUUAUAACUAGUAGUUUUUAGGAGCUGGAUUAAUUUGCAUAGUUAUAUUAUAUCACUAGUACAUUAACCUGCUGAGAUCCGAACGUGCGUUUUUAAUUCCUCUUUGCUAUUUGGCUCGAUUCACACUUGAGUAAUGAUGUGCAAAACUCUUUAUUUGGUGUCUGAACACAGC